AUGGUUGUAACUCCAACUCAUCGUUCGGCAUCGACCAGCAACAUUCUACCUCCAAUCUUCAACAAAAGGCUAUGCAAAACGGAGCAAAGAAGUGACCGUUUCGGCGCUGGAAGAUGUCCUCAUUGCAGGCUGCAGUUUGUAAAUGUAAGUGCGCAACAGGCCGAGGUUUCUUUGAUAAUUCAAAAAAAUGCAUUCCUUAGGCUAUCAAGUCUGUCGGGAAAAUAAUGAUCACAAUGUCGCUGGGCCGAUGGCGUCGCUGAAGUAAAAAAACUUGAUUUUGCCGCGACACAGUUCCUUUUCUCAUCGGCGAUGCGAUUUUUUUUUGCAAUAGAGUGCUCAUUAUUUUUCCGACAAAUUGAUGGUACAAAAAAAUUCAUUUUUUAUACUAAAAAAAUAUAUUAACCUUCUGAAAAUAAGGCGUCCGCGCAAUUUUUUUACGGACUGUCCAAUUUCCAGCCCGUCUCUCUGCAUUGCGGCCACAGUCUGUGCGCGUUGUGUUGCGAAGAACUCCUGCAACGCGAUCACCGCUAUCUCAGCCAAAAAUCCCCCACUCCGGAACCACACACACCGAAACGCAGCUUGUCCUCGAAACUUCAACGCACUCCAAAAUUCACCAGCUCUCACAUUCGACAAGCACGAACUCCGGUCAUGGGAGUACGCACAAUGCAAUUGUUGAGCGAGUUUAUGGAACUGGACAAAUGCGAGGUGAAUGGAAGCCCGUUGAGGAUUCCGAUGAAGGAUGAAGCGGCGUUGAGAGCGCCUGGUUGUCCCGUGUGCGGAGCUGCGCCGAGCAGUGUAAGUUUUUGUCGGUUUUCAUGGCUUAGAAGGGGAGUCUUUGGCGUGGAGCUAACAGAACUAAUGGGAAAAUGGCUUGUAUAUAUUUAUGGGGUACCCAAACAAAAAGUGCAAUAUGCCUGGCUUCCAAUAUUUAAAAAAGGGUGAGAUUUUUUCGUCGAAAAUCGCAAAUCCUUUUUUUUCACCUUUUAUUAAUAUUUUGCGAUUUUAGGGCUGUAUAUCUCAGGCUCGAUUACUAGAGCUAUGUGUAUUGUUCUGACAAAAAAUCAAAGUCAAAAAAGUUUUGAAAGAAAAAUUUUUUUCGUCUGACCAACUCUCCUCAUCUUGCGGGCACUCUCGAAGAGUGCGUAGCUUGAUAUCUCGGAAAACUUUUUUCAAAAAAUUUUUAAAAAAAUUUGACCACUCACCACAAAGACGGCCUUUGCUAGACGAAAUUUUCGCCUGACUUGAGGCUGCCAUAUGACAAUUAUGUUACCUUGGACUUUCAGAUUGCCCCAAUCAAGAACCACGCUCUUGCCCAAGUCCUCCGAGCCUUGAAUCGCAGAAACAAGGCCAAACCGUCGAACUGUAUGGAGUCCGUACCGGAAGAAACAGCUCGGCCAACCAGUCCAGCCCCUUCGUCGUAAGUUUUGUGACUCUUUUUGUAUUUCGAUAUACGAAAAGAUGAAUGCAUUAAAUUAAAGCGAAUUUCAAAGCAAUCUUUUAAUUCAAGCCUCAUAAAGAUAUCUGGAAGCUUUAGAAAAUAUCAUAUCAUACCAUUCCCGACUUUGUAAACAAUAACAUCUGCCUGUCGGGAAAAUAAUGAGCACAAUGUCGCUGUGCCGAUCGUGUCGCUGAAGUGAAAAUGAAUUUGAUUUUUCCGCAACACAAUUCAUUUUCUUGGUACGACAUAGUGCCCAUUAUUUUCCCGACAGACUGAUAAAUAAUUCUUCUGCAAUUUUACCGAGCCAUUCGCAGCCUUUCUCGAGAAAUUAGCCGAAACUUUUGUUUUCCCAGACCGUUUAUCGGCCAAAUGUUUUCGCGUGUUGCGCAAUCAACAGUAGCGAUUAUGAAAUGAGAUAACGAGACAACGCGUGCCUACUGUACCUCCCUCUUUUUACGAAAGAAUUGGAAACUUGAUUAAAUUUAUGAAUUUCAGAGCCAGCAGCGGAUUCUACGAAUCCGACUCCGAGAUCGGGAUCAAGAAGUGCAAUGUGGCGGUGUUGGGUGCGCCUGGUGUCGGAAAGACUCAGUUGGCACGAACGCAAUACCUCAAUAACCUGUUCUUUGGGCGCUCCGAUCGCGAGCAAGUCAUCAAGCCGAUCACGGACUUUGCCCAAAUCCGAGCGCGAUACAUGCUGAGCAUCUUGGACGAUAGCAAUGAGGAUGCGGACAUUCGGAAAGCGUUGAUCUCGGCUCAAGGCUUUGUUCUGCUCUACUCAACGGUCGAUCCGGCCAGUCUAAUGAGGGCACAAGAUUUGGCGGAUCAAAUCGCGAGCCUGAGAGGCGAUAAGGUAUGGAAACAGACUUUGAAUUGUGUUAUAUACUAUAGUAUAUGCUAUAGACUAAUAUAUACAUCUUUUCAGCCGGCCAUUAUCUUCGCUGCCACCAAAUCAGAUCUUCAGUCGGAUGUCCAAGUUAACUCUGAAGAUGGCGAAGCGAUCGCCAAAAAUUAUGAUGCGCCGUUCUUCAAAGUCUCAGCGAAGGAGAACGAUAACGUCAAUGAGGUAAGGUUUUUUGGUGAUGACAAGUGUUGUAGAAAAAGGACUUACUAGAUGAUGAGACUCCUUUAAUAAAAUGCCACAUAGGGAGGGCUCUAGAAGAUGUUUUGUAAAGAGUUUAACCUUUUUAUCACGAGAAAUCGAACCUCUUUUUCUCAUUCACUUCAGCACUCCAAUACUUUACUAUCAGUCUGUCGGGAAAAUAAUGAGCACAACUUAACAAUGCAAUUGUGAAAAUUAAUUUGAUUUUGCCGUGACGCAAUUUAUUUUCUAGGCGGCGAGAUACGAAAAUGUCCUCAUUAUUUUCCCUACAGACUGAUAGCCUGUUCGUAAAAUCUUUGGAGUGAUUUUUGGCGUUUUACUGUGUAGAAAAAGUCAAGGCCUGCUGCACGAUGCAAAAAGCAACAGAUUGCAUAGUGCAAUGCAAUUUUUUUCAUGCCAAAUCACUCCAGCGACUUCACAAACCGACGAGAAAUCUGCCGGGAAAAUAAUGAGCAAAUUUUUUGUCACGUCGCAAAUCGCGUGAUCGCCGGAAGAUGAAUUUUAUUGCGGCAAAAUCAAGCUGAUUUUUGUUUCAGCGAUGCAAUCUGUGCAGCGACAUUGUGCUCAUUAUUUUCCCGACAGACUGAUAGUAGGCGAUCAGUCAACAAAAAUCAACCUUCUUUCCUUACCAUAAGUUUCCCAUCAAAAUUCCUCGAACCUCUUUCGAAUAUUUGCCCAGUUUAGCCUUCGACGUAAUCUCUUUUAUCCUCAAAGAGAGAAAUAAUAGCGAAGUGGCAAAGAAAACAAAUAAAAAACAGCUGAUCCGCCAUAUUUCCGGCCUCAGUGCCGUGACAGUUCAAAUACGGCUUAUUUGCAUUCUCAUAAAACUUUUUUUUCAGCUUUUCACCGAGCUCGUUCGUUUGGUAGACCGUCGCGCUCAUCAAGGUGCCAGUUCCGAUGGAUCGAUUAGUUCGUAA